UCCAGAACAUCCAACUCAAUACUCUUAUGAACGAAAAAAACUAUAUUAUCGUCCUUCUUUUACAGAAUGCCCAAAGAAUCUGCAAAAAGCAGUAAAUUUAUUUGAGAAGCCCGAAGAUGAACAUUUUGAUGCUAAUAAUUCUGUUCUAGAAACAGUUAUUAUUCAGAAUGAUGAGGAUGAGCCUAUCUAUAUUCCAAAUGAUAAGUACAAUUUAUUAUCUCCUGAUAUGACAAAUGAACAAGGAAUCACACUUUUUCGAGUGUAUAGCAGAAAAGUUGAUACAGCUAUAACCUAUUCUCCAGAAACUGGUAUAAAGCUAUAUCUCCUUAUUUGUAAAGCCAAACGUCUAAAUAAGCCUCAAGGAGGAGACUACAAUAAACUUUGCAGAAUACUUAAUGAUGCUGCAAAUAGCUUUAUUUUAUAUUGGGCAAAAAAAUGUAAAAGGGUUACUAAAGAAUUAAAGAAAUUGUUUUGUGAGAUGCGAUAG